AUGAAGUUUAUACUACUUUAUUUAUUCUCAAGCGUCAUAGCGACUACAUGCUAUGCACAAGCAGAGAAUGGCGAUGAUCAGAAAAAUUUCGACAAUUCAACAUCUACAUUCACGUCAGCCUUGUGGUUCAAUGCAGUAUUAGCCAUUGGGUUCUUUGGCGCCUUCUUCAUUUUGCGUACAACCAGACCCCAAACAUACGCCCCUAGAACUUAUGCAGUAGCAAAGGAGAGACGACCUCCUCCAUUGCCCACUGGAUUUGGUCGUUGGAUCAUCGCCAUCUUCAGAAUCAAAGACGAAGACUUGAUCAAAUCAAUGGGUCUUGAUAGAUUUAUGGUCCUCAAGUUACUUCGAAUGGGAAUGGUUACAUUUUCCCUGUACUCUCUUGUCGCUAUCCCUAUUUUGUUUCCCGUCAUUACCAUAAAUCAAGGCAAUAAUCCUGGUCUAACCUAUUUAACAAUGGGUAAUGUCAUUGACGAUAACCGCACAUGGGCUCACUGCCUGUUGGCCUGUAUCUUAUCUGGCCUUGUAUGGUACUACACCUUCCGUGAGACGCACAUUUAUGUCGAUUUGAGAAGAAAGUUCCUACUCAGUCCCGACUAUGCUGAAACUGUAGCUGCUCGAACUGUUUACGUACCUUCCAUCCCAACAAACGUCAACAAUACUGAAGAUUUGGAGCGCAUCUUCUCCAAGUUCCCUGGUGGUGUGAGGCGCAUUUGGCUCAACAGAAAACUAAAAGAUCUUCCUGACCUUGUGCAAAAGCGACAAAAGGCAGCCUUGAGCUUGGAAGCCUCCAUCACCAAAGCCAUCUUGGCCACAUACAAACACCACAUCAAGAUUGGAGACAAGAAGAACCAAGUCGAUGAAGAGAAUCUUACUCAAUCCGAUAUCCCAGAAAAGAUCCGCCCUACUCACCGUGAAAACAGCCUGCCUAUUCCAUUGCCUUGCUUUGGCCACAAAGUAGAUACCAUCAAUUUCUACCACAACCAAAUCAAGGAAUUGAACGAAUCAAUCGCCGAGAAACAAUCAGACGCUCAUAAUUUGAAACAAUGUAACUCUGCAUUCAUUGAAUUCAACCAGCAAAUUGCAGCCCACAUGGCAGCACAAUCAUUGAUGCACAAGAAAGCAAUGCAAAUGGCACCUCGCACCAUUGGCAUCUCGCCCACUGACGUCAUUUGGGAGAACAUGAACAUUAGAUCCUUUGAGAGAAUGAUGCGUCGUUUCUUGAGUAUUUCAGCUACUUCUGCUAUCAUCAUCUUUUGGGCUGCUCCUGUGAUUUUCGUCCAAGCGAUUGCCAAUUUAGAGACCUUGUCUCAGGCUUUGCCCUUCCUCUCUGGCAUCAACAACUUGGGUCCCACUGCUGUCGGUAUCAUUCAAGGUAUUCUGCCUGCUGUUGCCUUGGCCAUCUUGAUUUCUCUAGUGCCCAUCAUCUUCACCUUCCUCUCCACAAAGGAAGGCAUCCCUCAAAAGUCGUUUGUUCAGCUGUCUGUGCUUCACAAGUUCUUCUUUUUCCAAUUGAUUGAUGUUGUUCUGGUGUCUACUAUCUCUGGUGGUGUCAUGACAAUGGCCAAUGAGAUCAAGAACCUCGCCCAGAACCCAUUCGGUAUCAUCAAUGUCCUCUCUGAAAACUUGCCCAAGGCUUCUACCUUCUUUAUCACUUUUGUCAUGCUCCAGGCAACUAAUCAAUCUGGUCAAGCCAUGCUCCAGUUGGUGCCCUACCUGUUGUCCUAUGUCAUGCCCAUGUUCAACACCACACCCAGAGAUAUCUACAAUGCUAAAAAGUCGUGCCCUAUUGUCAAUCUUGGUACAUUGAUCCCUGCUCAAACUGUCAUCUUUGUGCUUGGUCUUGAGUAUGGUGUCAUCUCUCCGUUGAUCUUGCCUUUUGUCUGUCUCUUCUUCAUAUUGCAAUACUUUGUAUACCUGUAUCAAUUCUUGUAUGUUUACGAAAUUCCUUACGAAACAGCUGGCCGUGCUUUCCCUAGAGCCAUCCGUCACAUCUACAUUGGCUUGCUGAUCUCUCAACUGACCUUGAUCGGCCUCUUCGCUAUCAGAUCAGGUGCUCGUGGUCAAAUGGGUUUGAUGAUUGCUUGUCUUAUCUGUACUUCGUUUGCUCUCUACUAUUACGAUUGUGCUUUCAAGCCUCUGUUCAAGUAUCUGCCCGUUUCCAUCUUUGAAAAUGUGGAUAUGGAUACCAAGAAGAACGACGAUCUCUUGCAAGACAACAAUGUUCUCAACAUCAAUAUUCAAGACGACGACAAGCAGAACUUGAAGACGGGUUAUGUUUCUGAUGAUUCAGUGGAUUCAGAGAAUGAACGCGAUAAAUCAGAAGGCAGUACAAGCUCUCACAAUUACAUCAAUAACGACAAGCCAGAAUUCUCUAAAUUGGCGACUCACAGUUCAUUCAAUUCACGUACGCCUGUGGAAGCUUACCAUGCUCGUUAUGCAUUAUUGAAACGUCUUCACGAGGAGAAAGAAAAGAACCCCGAGGAUAUCAGAAAAGACAAGGAUCGUAUCUUGAACGCUGCUCGAUCACUGUACGAAGCUGAAUCCUACAUGCACCCUUCGACUUACGACCCUGAACCUACCAUCUGGGUGCCUGAGGAUGAUCUUGGUAUCACACAAAAGGAGAUCAAGGAUCUGAAGGGCUCUAAUAUCGAUGCUACCAGUCGCAGUGCCGCAAUUGUGCGUAAUGAGAAGGGUAAGGGCAAGGUGACCAUUGAUGAGGAGCGCUUGAUCAACGAUUAUCAAGGUGCACCUAGUAGUGCUCCUUCUGCCGGCAAUCAAUCCAAUGUUAACAAUUACGUUCGUGUUCUUGUUGAUAACAUGAACUUUUUCACUGCUGCUACCAUCAACUAA